AUGGCGGCCAUUCGCUCAUUGUCGAAACCCGCCCUCGCAGUCAUCGACAUGCAGGAAGACUUCUGCGAACCCAACGGCCCACUCGCCGUCAAAGACGGCCGCAGCGUUGCUCCCAUCAUCAACAAACUCAUGGACCGCCCGGGUUUUGCUCUCAAGAUAGGAACUCGAGACUUCCACCCGAGGAACCAUGUGUCGUUUGCGAGCAACCACAAAGACAUGACGCCGUUCACGUCCAAGCACAUGAUUCACAAUCCGUACAAUGAGAAGGAGACGCAGACGACUCUCCUCUGGCCCGACCACUGCGUCCAAGGCACUCCCGGCGUCCUCAUCCUCCCCGAACUCCACCGCGAAAAACUCACCCACAUCGUCAACAAGGGCAUGGACCCGCUGCUGGAAUCCUACUCCGCCUUCGGCCCACCUUUCCGCCACCCUGAAGUCUCCAUGUCCGGCUUGACGGCGAUUCUCAAGGAAAACGGCAUUACCGACAUCUUCGUCGUGGGUCUGGCGUUCGACUUUUGCGUCAAGCAUACGGCACUGGAUGCGGUCGAGCAGGGAUUCAAGGCGUAUGUGAUUGAGGAUGCGACGAGAGCGGUGGACCAGAGUGAGGAGAGUCUGAAGGCGGUGAAGGAGGAGUUGGUGGCGGCUGGAGUGAAGAUCGUGGGUUUGGAGUCGGAGGAGUUGCCGUGA